AUGAUACGGCUAGCAAAAGGAUAUAUGAAAAGACUGAAAGAUCUGGAAUGGUUAUUGAUUUUAAAAAUCUUUGUGAAGCAGAUAAUAAGUGGAAUAAAAAAAUGGAUAAGUUUAAAGCAUGGAUAAACGAAAAAGCCAAACAUAGUAAAACUCACCUGAAAUCAU